AUGAAAACUCCGUUAUACGUCUGGGUUUUUACGCCGAUUCACUUCAUGUUUAACGAGUUUAGAUGCAUGCGUGAGCAUCGCAAGACAGUGAUUCGUCAGGAGGGCCAUAACAACAUCAACGAUUCCUCGAAAGAUUUGAGAGACCAGUUUAAUACCAGGGAAGGAGUCUACCGAAAACUUAAUCAUUCCGAAUAUGCAAGACCGACCCGGCCACCGAUUAGCAACGGUUCCACCAGCAACAACAGCAAUCUGCCUGUCAAAGUUUCGUUAGUACGAUCGAAAUCCCAGGAUACUGGCGCCCUCGAGGACAGAAUCUGCUUCAACGUUGGGAAAGAAAUUUAUAUCUACGCUUAUAAUGGGAUUAAAAAGGCAGCUGAUUUAACUCGGCCAUUAGACAAGAGGAUAUAUCGAGGAACGUCACCAACAUGCCACGAUUUCAAUGCAGUGGCAGCUAGAUCGGAUCAGCUCCUUCUUAUCAUUGGCUUCUCUGCAGGCCAAGUACAACUUGUCAACCCACUUGGAAAAGAAAGCAGUAAAUUGUUCAAUGAGGAGCGUUUGAUUGACAAAGCGAGAGUGACAUGCAUUAAAUGGUUGCCAGACUCUCCAAACCAGUUCUUAGUUUCACACACUGGUGGCCAGUUGUACGUCUACCAUGAACAACUCCCUCCCUGUCCGGGCACACCCAUCUUUCAAAUUUUCAAACAAGGACAGGGCUACAGCGUGUACACUUGCAAGACCAAAAGCACCAGGAAUCCUCUCUAUAAAUGGUCUUUGGAUGGAGGACCCACUGUUAAUGAAUUUGCUUUUUCUCCUUGCUCCAGGUUCAUAGCAAUGGCUUGUGAUGAUGGCUUCUUGAGAGUCUACAACUUUGACCAGUUUGAAUUCAUCAGUCAGAUGAAAAGUUAUUUUGGUGGUUUGUUGUGCGUCUGCUGGUCGCCGGAUGGUUUGUAUCUGGCAACAGGGGGUGAAGAUGAUCUGGUGACCAUCUACUCGUUCCAACAUUCGAGAGUCGUUUGUAGAGGGAGAGGACAUUCUUCCUGGGUCAAUGUGGUGGCUUUCGACCCGUUUGUCAGGGAUGAAGAUGACGUCAAUGAAGCUGACGGCGACGAUGAAGAAGCCAUGAUCGGAGGAGGAUGCGGAGGGUAUGGAGGCAGUGGGGAGGGCAACAAUGAUUGUGGAAAUGUUGUUGUCACUGCAUGCAGCGACAUUCUCAAGAGCCACCUCUGUACGAAGGUGAACGACCUGGAGAGUGUGCAACCUCAAACAACUACUGGCAGACACAAGUUGUGCAGCAACAGUAGUAGCAGCAGUAGCUUCAAAAACUGCAGUCACCAGCCACCUUACACUACUUCACACUUCAAUGGCAAUUUCGAUGGAAUUGGUGGAUGCCACAGCAGCAGUGGGAACUGUAGUGGAAGUCAGAUGAGUGGAUUGGACAUUGAGGUGAAGAUGGCCUCGUAUCGAUUGGGAUCUGUGGGUCAAGAUACAAAACUCUGUCUAUGGGACAUCACUGAUGACAUCCUGAAACAAACAUGUCUCCCUCAACCGCAAGAACCAACCAAUGUUCCUGAUUGCAAUGCAUCAUUCUCCACACAUCAAAAUCCAGAUUCUAAAUCAAAGUUUUCCACUGUGUUGCCAUCUUUAUUAAUAAGAAAUUCAACGCUAAAUGAAAGCAGCAAAAAGCAGGAGACAACUCCUUCAGUGACCAGUACAACAACAACAACAGCAACAACCACCGCAAGUGUUCCUACAACUACAAAAACAACAACUAAAACUGCAGCAACAACGGCAAACUCAGUAGGUUACUUCAAGGCAUCCUCCACGCUUUCCUCAUCAUCUGGCUCAUCGCGACUGACCAGCCAAUCAACAUCGAGCGACAUGAGUGAAGCCGUCAACAACUCAGUCAACCUGACAACCACCUCUUCAACCGUCACAACAUCUUUCAGUAAGAAAUCAAAACCGAGCAAGUUCAAAGUUUACAGUGCGAGCACCCUCCCAAGCUUCUUCAACAGGAACAACAACAGCACCAGGAAACAAGAGAGCAGCAAUCAUGUGAUACCUUGCAACAGCAGCAGCAGCAGCGCUACCACAACAACAAUAUCAUCGUCGUUGUCUUCCUCCUCAUCAACAUCUACAACUACGUCAUCAACUGCAUGCACAACAACAACGUCAUCUUCAAACACCAAAUUCACAUCCCUGUGCCCCGGUCUGCGAGACAUCCCUCUCAUCGAACCACUGACUUCCAAGAAGAUUGCCAACGAGCGACUGAACUCUCUGAUAUUCCUUGAGGACUGUUUCAUGACCUCGUGUCAGGAUGGCAACGUUUACACGUGGGCGCGUCCUGGCAGACUGACCAUCAACCACGAUCACUACACCGACCAGCCUGCAACUUACUACUCGCAGCACAAAUCACCGCUACCCAAUAAUGUCAACAACAGUAACUACGGGCCCGAUGUAGAUGGCACUGUGUACUGCUUUAAUAAUGGCGGCAGUCCAUGCUACAAUAUGCCUGUCUACAACAACAACAACAACAGUUUCAACAACAACAGUUUCAACACCAAUCAUCGAAGAAAUAUCAACAACAAUAACAUUAAUAUCAACGUUGUUAAAAACAUUAACUUCUUCAACAUCUGCAACACCACUACUACUACCAACUCCGCCACCACAAUUAAUUUUAGUAAUAGUAAUAGUUGUAACAAUAGUAAUAGUAAUAGUACUCUGAGUGAAUGUUCCUCCAUGAACAACAACAAUAACAACACCAAUAAUAAUAAUAAUAAUAAUAAUAAUAAUAAUAAUAAUAAUAAUAAUAAUAGUAGUAGUAGUAGUAGUAGUAGCAGUAACACUACUACCGUUAUCACAUCUUCUACUAACAAUAAUAAUAUGUUGAACAGUGGGUUAGUUAGGAAUAGCAAAAUUAAUAACAGCAACAACAACAGUAAUAAUACUACUACUAAUAAUAAUAAAACAAAUUUCUCUUCAAAUAAUUUUAAGAGUUGA